AAAUUUAUUUACUUUUGUACAUAAGAACCACCUUUCCGGCUAAAACAAAUUGUCUAAUUACAUAUUAAAAAAAAGAAAAAAAUAUAUCAUGGAUGUAAAAGAUGAUAUACAAUUAUUUGAAUCUAUUGGUUUAAGUGAACAAAAAGCAAAGGAAACUUUAAAAAAUAAACAAGUUUCUAAUAAUUUGAAACUUGCUAUAAUAGAGGCUAAUAAGUAUGGAAUUAUUACACCAGAAAUUGGAAUUUUGUUAUAUCAUCUUGCUUCAAAAAUUAAAAAUCAAAUUGUAGAUAAAUUGUCAUUUCUUGCUAAAUAUAUAGCUGAAAAAAAAUUAGAUACAAUUCAAAGACUAGAUGCUGGUUUAAAUUAUUUGCUUAAUCAUAUAAAAGAGAAUAUUGAUAUAUUUGAUUUUGAAAAAGAAUGUGGUAUAAAUAUUGUUGUAUCACCAGAAGAAAUAGAAUAUGAAGUAGAAAAAGUAAUAAAUGCACAUAAAAUAGAAAUAACAGAGAAAAGAUAUCAUUUUAAUAUUGGUCCAUUAAUGCAACAAGUACGUAAUAUUUUAAAAUGGGCAGAUGGAAAAGCAAUAAAAAAUGAAUUUGAUAUUCAAAUGCUUGAUUUGUUAGGUCCAAAAUGUGAGUCUGAUCUUGUACCAUUAAGUAAAUCAAUAAAACAAGCAAAAAUGCGAAAACCAGUGAAAGAAAAAAGUAAAUCAAAUAAUUUCUUAUAUAUAAAUAUUUCUAAUGUAAAACUUAUGCAUUAUAAUUUAUUAAAAAAAUAUUUAUAUUAUUUAGUGGAAUCAAAAAAUAUGACAAUAACAAAUGAUAAAGAAGAUGCUCAGACAAUAAAUGAAUUAAUGAAAACUAAAGUUAAUUUUCAUAAACCAGGAGAAAAUUAUAAAACUGAAGGAUAUAUUAUAACACCAAAUACACACAAAUUACUUCAAGAACAUUUAAAAAUAACAGAUGGUAAGGUAAUAACUAGAUUUCCACCAGAACCUAAUGGAAUUUUACAUAUUGGUCAUGCAAAAGCAAUUAAUAUUAAUUUUGGAUAUGCAGCAGCUCAUGAUGGAAUCUGUUACUUACGUUAUGAUGAUACAAAUCCUGAAAAAGAAGAAGAAAAAUUUUUUAUUGGUAUUCAUGAAAUGGUAGAGUGGCUUGGUUAUAAACCAGCUAAAAUUACUCAUUCUUCUGAUUAUUUUCAACAAUUGUAUGAAUGGGCUGUUAUGCUUAUUAAAAAAGAUUUAGCAUAUGUCUGUCAUCAAUCUAGUGAAGACAUAAAAGGUUUCAAUCCACCUCCAAGUCCCUGGCGAAAUAGACCAAUUUCAGAAAGUUUACAAUUAUUUGAAGAUAUGAAAAGUGGUUUACUUGAAGAAGGUGAAGCCACAUUACGAAUGAAAGUAACAUUAGAAGAAGGUAAACAAGAUCCAGUUGCAUAUAGAAUAAAAUAUACUCCACAUCAUAGAACAGGAAAUCAAUGGUGUAUUUAUCCAACUUACGACUUUACUCAUUGUUUAUGUGACAGUAUAGAAAAUAUAACUCAUUCUCUUUGUACAAAAGAAUUUCAAUCAAGAAGAUCAUCAUAUUAUUGGCUUUGUAAUGCUUUAGAUAUUUAUUGUCCUGUGCAAUGGGAAUAUGGUAGAUUAAAUAUUAGUUAUACAGUUGUUUCUAAAAGGAAAAUAAAUAAAUUAAUUGAAGAAGGCAUUGUAUCAGAUUGGGAUGAUCCAAGAUUAUUUACAUUAACAGCUCUUCGCAGGCGAGGUUUUCCACCUGAAGCUAUAAAUAAUUUUUGUGCACAAAUGGGUGUAACUGGUGCUCAAGUAAUUGUUGAUCCAGCUGCUUUAGAGGCAUCUGUUAGAGAUGUUUUAAAUAUAACUGCAAGUCGACAUAUGGUAGUUUUAGAUCCAUUAAAAAUAACUAUUAGCAAUUUUCCUCACGAAAAAUCUAUAAAAGUAACAGUUCUUAACUUUCCUAAUGAUCCAGACAAAGGCAAACAUGAGAUUGACUUUGAUGAAAUUGUAUAUAUUGAAACAUCUGAUUUCAAGGAGAAAGCAGAAAAAAAUUUUAGACGUUUAACACCAAACCAAUCCGUUGGUUUAAAGCAUGUAGGAAUAGUAUUAACAAUCAAGGAAAUUGAAAGAGAUAGUACCGGUAAUAUUGUGAAUCUUAUAGUCAAACAAGAAUCUAUUUCUGAAACUAAUAAACCUAAAGCCUUUAUACAUUGGGUAUCAAAUCCUAUAUUAGCAUCCAUUAGAUUAUAUGAACGUUUAUUUAAACAUAAAAAUCCUGAAGAUAUUAAUGAGGUACCAAAUGGCUUUUUAAGUGAUAUUAAUUCAGUCACUAAAAAAGAAAUUGUUGGAUAUAUUGAUAAAAGUUUAGCAAAUUCAGCAAAAAUUUUUGAGAAAUAUCAAUUCGAACGUAUAGGCUUUUUUUCUGUAGAUCCUGAUACGCUACCGGGAAAGCUUGUUUUUAACAGAACCGUAACAUUAAAAGAAGAUGCAGGAAAAAUAUAAAUAGAACUAUUACAUUUAAGCAAUAUAUAUUUUCAAUUUGAUAGAUUCAUCAUCAAUUUUUAUAAUAUUUUGUUAUAUUUGUAAAAUAAUAAUUUAAAAAAUUAUUAGAUAAUUAAUGGGUAAAUAAAAAGCUAUAUUUAAUUCAUCA